AUGGUUGACAGGAGCUUGCUACACUGUCGUAAAAACGCUAAUAACACGAUGGUAGUCCAAAAAAAGUAUGCACAUACCGGCUCGGACGUCGCCCGGGUGAACAAGGUCCGCGCUGCAGCUUUGGGGACUAGAGGCUGCAGUGUAAAGUAUGCUACUGAGUCCCAGAAAGAUAGACUGAAAAUGGGGUUAACAGUUGGAGUUUGGAAUGUCAGGUCAUUGUGGCAGACAGGGGCUUACGCGUUGAUGAAGAAAGAACUUGAACGAUUCAGAUAUGAUGUGGUUGGUCUGUGCGAGGUCCGAUGGACAGGAGGUGGAGAAAUGGAAGGUGGGAAGAUAUUAUGGUCUGGAACAGAGAGGGAGCACGUCUAUGGAGUUGGAAUGGUUAUUGGCGAAAAAGCAAGAAAAGCACUAGACAUUGAUGUGGUAGUGGCAUAUGCUCCAACAAUGGAUCACUCGGAUGCAGAAAUCAAGGCAUUCUACGAUCAACUGGAGCAAACAUUGAAUGUACUGCCAAAGAAAGAUGUUAAGAUAAUCACCGGAGAUUGGAACGCAAAGAUCGGAAGAGACAAUAUUGGUUUUGAAGAAGUCAUGGGAAAAUACGGUAUAGGAAACAGAAAUAAUAGAGGAGAAAGACUGCUGGAAUUUGCAAAGGACCAAAAAAUGUAUAUAACAAAUACAAAAACACAAAAUUGA